AUUGAACGGUUACUGUUGUGUGACUGAAAUAGCCGUUGUACCACCCCCACCCCCAGCCCUGAGCUUUGGAGUACCUCCACCCUUACUCAGGUCUCCGCCUCUGUGGGUUGAACUUGUCCUUUGUUCCUUCUGGCCACUGAGUACUUGAGUAAUGCCCCACGUGGAUAUUCCCGCCUGAGAGAAGUUUUAAGGCUUCCUCAUUAGAACAGUUUACCUUUCAAGCUGCUUGGCCAAAGGCAUGGUCCUGGGGCCUGUUCAGCUGCCACUCACCAGUUACUGCAGAGACCAGGACCCUUUGCUCUCCUGCCCAAGCAGGGAUGCCUCAGAGUUGCCUGUGGCCCACGUGACAGAUCGUUUUGCCAGCUGUGUGGAGGAUGGAUUUGAGGGAGACAAGACUGGAGGCAGUAGUCCAGAAGUGCUGCACCGCCCUUACGGCUGCGAUGCUGAGUCUCAGGCACUGAAUGAAGCCAUCAGGUGGAGCUCCAAGGAGAACUUGCUGGGAGCCACUGAGAGCGACCCUAACCUCUUUGUUGCACUUUAUGACUUUGUGGCAAGUGGUGACAACACACUCAGUAUCACUAAAGGUGAAAAGCUACGAGUCCUUGGUUACAACCAGAAUGGCGAGUGGAGUGAAGUUCGCUCCAAGAAUGGACAGGGCUGGGUGCCUAGCAACUACAUCACUCCAGUGAACAGCCUGGAGAAGCAUUCCUGGUACCAUGGGCCCGUGUCCCGCAGUGCAGCAGAGUAUCUCCUCAGCAGCCUUAUCAAUGGCAGUUUCCUGGUACGAGAGAGUGAGAGCAGCCCUGGGCAGCUGUCCAUCUCACUCAGGUAUGAGGGUCGUGUGUAUCACUACAGGAUCAAUACCACCACAGACAGCAAGGUGUGCGUGACUGCAGAGAGCCGCUUUAGCACCUUGGCAGAGCUUGUUCACCACCACUCUACUGUCGCCGACGGGCUAGUGACCACACUGCACUACCCAGCUCCCAAGUGUAACAAGCCAACCGUCUAUGGCGUGUCUCCUAUCCAUGACAAAUGGGAAAUGGAACGAACAGAUAUUACCAUGAAGCACAAACUUGGGGGCGGUCAGUAUGGAGAGGUUUAUGUUGGCGUCUGGAAGAAAUACAGCCUCACAGUUGCUGUGAAAACCCUGAAGGAAGAUACCAUGGAGGUAGAAGAGUUCCUCAAAGAAGCUGCAGUGAUGAAGGAAAUCAAGCAUCCUAACUUAGUACAGCUGUUAGGUGUAUGUACCCUGGAGCCGCCAUUUUACAUUGUGACUGAGUACAUGCCAUACGGGAACCUGCUUGACUAUCUCCGGGAGUGCAGCCGCGAGGAGGUGACUGCAGUUGUGCUGCUCUACAUGGCCACUCAGAUCUCUUCUGCAAUGGAGUAUUUGGAGAAGAAGAAUUUCAUCCACAGAGAUCUUGCGGCCCGGAACUGCCUGGUGGGUGAGAACCACGUGGUAAAGGUGGCUGACUUCGGUCUCAGUAGGCUGAUGACUGGAGAUACCUACACUGCUCAUGCUGGAGCCAAGUUCCCUAUUAAGUGGACCGCGCCCGAGAGUCUGGCCUACAAUACCUUCUCAAUUAAAUCUGACGUUUGGGCUUUUGGAGUACUGUUGUGGGAAAUUGCUACAUAUGGAAUGUCACCAUAUCCAGGUAUUGACCUAUCUCAAGUCUAUGACCUACUGGAAAAAGGAUAUCGAAUGGAACAGCCUGAGGGAUGCCCCCCUAAAGUGUAUGAACUCAUGAGAGCAUGCUGGAAGUGGAGUCCUGCCGACAGGCCCUCUUUUGCUGAAACCCACCAGGCUUUUGAAACGAUGUUCCAUGACUCCAGCAUCUCUGAAGAGGUAGCCGAGGAGCUCGGGAGAGCUGCCUCCUCCUCAUCUGUGGUCCCACACCUGCCUCGAUUACCUCUACUUCCUUCCAAGACACGGACCCUGAAGAAGCAGGGGGAGAACAAAGAGAACGUAGAUGGCGGUCUUGAUGCCUGCGAGAGUCUGGCCUCCAGCUCAGCCCCAGGGUUCAUUAGAAGUGCACCAGCUUCCAGCGGGUCCCCAGCUCUGCCUCGAAAGCAAAGGGAUAAGUCCCCCAGCAGCCUCUUAGAAGACGCCAAAGAGACAUGCUUCACCAGGGAUAGGAAGGGAGGCUUCUUCAGCUCCUUCAUGAAGAAGAGAAAUGCCCCCACGCCCCCUAAACGCAGCAGCUCCUUUCGAGAAAUGGAAAAUCAGCCCCACAAGAAAUACGAACUCACGGGUAACUUCUCAUCUGUUGCUUCUCUUCAGCAUGCUGAUGGGUUCUCUUUCGCUCCCGGCCAGCAAGAGUCGAAUCUGGUGCCAGCCAAGUGCUAUGGGGGGAGCUUUGCCCAGAGGAGCCUCUGUAAUGACGACAGUGGUGGGGGUGGGGGCAGUGGCACUGCUGGGGGUGGGUGGUCUGGGAUCACAGGCUUCUUUACACCACGCUUAAUCAAAAAGACACUGGGCUUGCGAGCAGGUAAACCCACAGCCAGUGAUGACGCUUCCAAGCCUUUUCCGAGGUCAAACUCUACAUCUUCCAUGUCCUCAGGGCUUCCAGAGCAGGAUAGGAUGGCAAUGACCCUUCCCAGGAACUGCCAGAGGGCCAAGCUCCAGCUGGAAAGGACAGUGUCCACCUCUUCUCAACCAGAAGAGAAUGUGGACAGGGCUAAUGACAUGCUUCCAAAAAAGUCUGAGGAAGGUGCUGCUCCAGCCAGGGAGAGACCAAAAGCCAAACUAUUGCCCAGAGGAGCCACAGCUCUUCCCCUGAGAGGCCCUGAUCCGGCCACCACAGAGAGUGACUCUCCAGGGGUAGGGGUGGCUGGGGUGGCAGCUGCCCCCAAAGGCAAGGAAAGGAAUGGUGGGACGCGACUUGGAGUCGCUGGAGUCCCAGAGGAUGGAGAGCAGCCAGGCUGGUCUUCUCCAGCCAAGGCUGUAGCUGUCCUCCCAACCACUCACAACCACAAAGUGCCAGUCCUUAUCUCACCCACUCUGAAACACACUCCAGCUGAUGUGCAGCUCAUUGGCACAGACUCUCAGGGGAACAAAUUCAAGCUCUUAUCUGAGCAUCAGGUCACAUCCUCUGGAGACAAGGACCGACCCCGCCGUGUAAAACCAAAGUGUGCCCCACCCCCACCACCAGUGAUGAGACUACUGCAGCAUCCGUCCACGUGCUCAGACCCCGAGGAGGAGCCGGCUGCCCCGGCUGCAGGACAGCACACCGCAGAAGCCCAGGAGGGAGGAAAAAAGGCAGCUCCAGGGCCAGUGCCCAGCAGUGGGAAACCUGGGAGGCCAGUGAUGCCUCCACCCCAAGUGCCUUUGCCCACAUCUUCCAUCUCGCCGGCCAAAAUGGCCAAUGGCACAGCAGGUACUAAGGUGGCCCUGAGAAAAACCAAACAGGCAGCUGAGAAAAUGUCAGCUGACAAAAUCAGCAAAGAGGCCCUGCUGGAGUGUGCCGACCUACUGUCCAGUGCGAUCACGGAACCUGUGCCCAAUAGCCAACUGGUAGACACUGGGCACCAGCUGCUCGACUACUGCUCAGGGUAUGUGGACUGCAUCCCUCAGACUCGCAACAAAUUUGCCUUCCGAGAGGCUGUGAGCAAACUGGAACUUAGCCUACAGGAGCUGCAGGUGUCUUCCACAUCUGCUGGUGUGCCUGGGACAAACCCUGUCCUUAAUAACUUAUUGUCAUGUGUACAGGAAAUUAGCGAUGUGGUGCAGAGGUAGCCAUGUCAGCCUAGUGGGAAAAUGCACACAUUCUGAGGGGAGAGGGAAAGGGACUCGUUUUCCUGUGUUCUUGUUUUCAAAAGUGAAAGACUGAUACUUGAGUGUGUUUGUGUGAAGUACCUCAAAUCCCUGAGCUCUCACGUUUACAGGUUCAUCUCAAAAUGGCAAAAAGGAAGUCACAGAAGUAGAUAAGAAGUCAAUUUGGUACAUCAGGGCAGUGUGGACAGAGUUGGAAACUGCACUGGGAGUAAGGGAGCAUCAUGUGUACAUCAUAAGAAAGCACAGCCCUUCCUAUUUGGAACGGCCUGUGGCAGUCCACAGUUCUGUGUCACAAAAUGGGCCUUCACCUGGCAGGUCCUAGGGUUGGUUGUGUUUGAGUUUGUCCCGCAAAUUUGGGGAACAGAAGAAAGCAAAGUGAGGGACAUAGCAGAUGUUAUACUCGAGGCUGUUGGUCUUGCUUCCAUGGGUCAUUGCUGCUGUAGCAAGAACUGCAAAUUAGAUGGCUAGCCUACUCCUGGGAAACAUAGCCCCUUCCGUCUGCUUUUGUCCUGUUUUCCAGGGGUGCUGGUGCAAGGAGUAUAGAAUGCAAGGGAAGUUCAGUCCGAUUGACACCUCCAAAACUCCAUGGAGUCAAUUCUCCCACUCUUCUAGCAUACUACUUCCUAGCGUGCAGUGUCCACUUGCUGCUAGUGGGUGGCUGUCUGUAAACCAUGGGCAUGGGGGCCGCCUUGUGGCUCUUCUCUGCCCCUUGCUGGGCAGGCUGUCUUACUUUAUUUCUGGCAGCGUUCAGGGCAUUACCCAGCAGUGAUGUUGAAAAGAGUGGUCCCUUACAGGUCCUCAUAGGAGAA